AUGCUUGACUUUGGUCCAGUGUAUGCAUUCUGGUUGUAUAGCUUUGAGAGAUACAACAGCAAGUUGAAGAACAUAAAGACGAACCGCCAAAAUGGUCUUGAGGUUACAUUCAUGAGAUGUUGUCCAAGUUAUGUUGGUAUCUGCUCUCUCGCCCCUCUCUUGCCUGAAGAAUGGUCAUCCACCUGUACUGGCAUGCAACCUCCCAAUAUUUCUGCAAGCUGCCACAAAUCCAUGAUACAAUGGAGAAUCCCAAUUGGUGAGGAUGUGUUUGUAAACAAUCGGAUUCAAAAGGUGAAAAAGAUUUCAUUGCUGGGGCAAGAGUACUGCAGUGGUGAAAAGAAGAAGCGCAGGUCUUUUGUGAGGGUUUUGUUUCUUGGGAGAACAAAUGACGAUGUAUCUGAAUUCCCUAGUCAAAUAGAGUACUUAUUUACUCAUCCCAUCAUGAUUGGUGGAGUCAAAAGAGUGUCAAUGUUCGCAUUCAUCAAAUGGUUUCCCACCUACCAGUCCAGUCAUCACCAGCCGUUAGUUGAACAAGGCCUAGAGUUGUGGGAAAAGGUAUACAUGGAAGAGAGUUCUUCAUGCAUUAUUCUAGUGCAUCGUCUGCAUUCAUGCUUUGCAUUGACUAUGCAUAAAAUGCAAAGUGGAACACAAAAACGCCUUGUCAUUCCACUGCCUAGAAAAGUAGUCACAUAA